AUGCCAGAAUCAAGACUGCAAAGACUAGCUAACUUGAAAAUAGGGACCCCGCAGCAACUUAGACGGACCUCCAUCAUAGGUACCAUUGGGCCCAAGACAAAUAGCUGCGAGGCAAUCACUGCACUGAGAAAAGCUGGCUUGAACAUUAUCCGGCUGAAUUUCUCCCAUGGCUCCCGCGAAUUCCACCAAUCCGUGAUCGAAAAUGCUAUGAAAUCAGAACAGCAGUUCCCCGGAAGGCCGCUUGCCAUUGCCCUCGAUACCAAGGGUCCUGAGAUCAGAACAGGCCGCACCUCAAACGACCAGGACUUCCACAUCCCCAUAGACCAUCAAAUGAUCUUCACCACUGACGCAAAGUUCGAAAACAAUUCCAAUGAUAAAAUCAUGUAUAUAGACUACGCCCACCUGACAAAAGUAAUUGUCCCCGGGAAAUUCAUUUACGUUGAUGAUGGAAUUCUCUCUUUCAAGGUCCUUCAGAUCAUUGAUGAAUCUAAUUUAAGGGUUCAGGCGGUAAACUCGGGUUAUAUCUCAUCUCGUAAAGGUGUAAAUUUACCCAACACUGCCGUCGAUUUGCCUCCUCUAUCUUCAAAGGACAUGGACGACUUGCGAUUCGGCGUCCGCAACGGGAUUAAUAUGGUGUUUGCCUCUUUUAUAAGGACUCCCGAAGACGUCUUGACUAUUAGGAAAGCCUUAGGCCUUGAAGGGCAAGAUAUUAAAAUCAUCUCCAAGAUCGAAAAUCAACAGGGCCUAGAUAACUUCGAUGAAAUCCUGCAAGUGACAGAUGGUGUCAUGAUAGCAAGGGGCGAUUUGGGCAUAGAGAUACUGGCACCUGAAGUGUUGGCCAUUCAAAAAAAACUUAUCGCAAAAUGUAAUUUGGCGGGCAAACCUGUCAUUUGCGCAACUCAAAUGCUAGAAUCCAUGACCUACAACCCAAGACCCACAAGGGCUGAAGUCUCGGAUGUGGGAAAUGCUGUGCUGGAUGGCGCUGAUUGUGUUAUGCUGUCUGGAGAGACGGCAAAGGGUGAUUAUCCAGUGAAUGCAGUUAAUACUAUGGCGGCUACGGCUCUGAUUGCUGAAAGCACCAUUGCACAUUUAGCUCUUUAUGACGAUCUUAGAGACGCCACUCCCAAACCUACUUCCACUACUGAAACGGUGGCUGCCGCAGCCACAGCAGCAAUAUUGGAGCAAGAUGGUAAAGCCAUUGUUGUAUUAUCCACUACGGGGAACACGGCAAGACUAUUGUCCAAGUAUAGACCAAGCUGUCCCAUUAUACUGGUAACAAGACAUGCAAGAACGGCAAGAAUUGCACAUUUGUAUAGAGGCGUUUUCCCGUUUGUUUAUGAGCCAAAACGCCUAGACGAUUGGGCCGAGGACGUUCACAGACGCCUAAAGUUUGGCGUUGAAAUGGCGAGGUCUUUUGGAAUGGUUGAAAAUGGUGAUACCGUUGUUUCCAUCCAAGGCUUCAGAGGCGGCGUCGGUCAUUCAAAUACCCUACGUGUUUCUACUGUUGGUGAAGAAUUUUAG